AUGAAGUCAUUCACUUGGUCUCUCAUCUCGAGCUUGGCUCUUUCCGUCGCUGCAGGUCCCAUCCCGGAUGAAAUGAAGUUGUACUUGGACAAACGAGCAACUACUGUUACUGCCGCCCAAGUUACCAAGUUGGACUUCUACGCCGAAUACGCUGCUGCCUCAUACUGCAACAGUGAAGUUGCCGUCGGUUCGGUUGUGACCUGUAUCGACGAGGCCUGCCCAGACGUCACCUCCAACGGCGCUGUGGUGACGGCGACUUUUGCUGGAGAUGCUACUGAUAUCCAAGGCUUCGUGUCUACCGAUGCCACAGCUAAGGUGAUUGUGGUGUCGUUCCGUGGCUCUCACUCUGUUCGCAACUGGAUCACGAACCUGGUCUUCGUCCAAGAACUAUGUGACAUCACCACCGGGUGUCUCCUCCAUACCGGUUUUUACGCCGCUUGGCUCGAGGUUGCUUCUGCUGUCACUGCUGCCGUCGCCUCCGCUGCCAAGGCCAACCCUACCUACAGCAUCGUUUUCACUGGCCACUCCCUUGGUGGCGCCAUCGCAACCGUUGGUGGCGCCUACGCCCGCAAGGCCGGCUACGCGAUCGACAUCUACGGCUACGGCAGCCCCCGUGUCGGCAACAAGGCCUUCGUCGCCUAUGUGACCGACCAAGCCGGCGCCGAAUACCGCGUCACCCACCUGGACGACCCGGUCCCCCGUCUGCCUCCCAUCAUUCUCAACUACCGCCACACCUCCCCCGAGUACUGGUUGUCAAACGGGGCGGCAACCACCACGGACUACACCGCUAGCGACGUCAAAGUCUGCGAGGGUUAUUCCAACUUGGCUUGCAACGCCGGUACUCUCGGCUUCGACACGGAUGCCCACAGUUAUUACUUCGAGGCCAUCAGCGGAUGCAGCCCUGAUGGCACACCCCUGAAGAGGAGGGAAGACAGCGGCGACAUGUCGGACGAGGAUAUCGAGGCCCAACUCAAUGAUUAUGUUGCGCAAGACGCCACCUACGUCGCCACCAACCUUACAAAUGAUGUCUGGGCCUAG